AGAGAGGGAGAGACAAUGGGCUGCUGGGGGAAGAAGAGAAGCGAACCCUUCGGGUUAGAACGAUUUUAAGAUCCCAGAACCGAGCCACGCAUUUAAGGAGGGCUGGAUUGGAGGGAAGGAGGGGGGGAGAGGGGAGAGAAAAGGAAGAGGAGGGGAAAAAGAGAGCAAACUCCGAAGGAGACGGAGGGAACCUGGAGGGGGUCAGCAGAAGAGGAGGAGGAGGAGAAGGAAGACGAGGACGAGGACGAGACCCCGGGUGUUUUUUGGAACUAAAAUGAGCUGAGUGCAGCGGCAGCAGCAGCAAUACGCUUAUUGCAAUUGACAGCGUCUGCAGUUCAUUUCAAGAUGGCCGCUUGGCUCACAUUCAUUUUCUGCUGAACGACUUUUAACUUUCAUUGUCUCUUCUGGCGGCUUCGAUCGUCACCCAGCAGCCCCUUUCGGCGGAGCUGCCUCUUUUUGCGCAAAUAUGCAUCGCACCACCCGCAUCAAAAUCACCGAGCUAAACCCCCACCUCAUGUGUGUGAUCUGCGGAGGGUACUUCAUCGACGCAACCACCAUCAUCGAGUGUCUGCACUCCUUCUGUAAGACAUGUAUCGUGCACUAUUUGGAGACCAGCAAGUAUUGUCCUAUUUGCGACGUCCAAGUUCACAAAACCAGACCACUUUUGAAUAUAAGAUCUGAUAAAACUCUCCAAGACAUUGUGUACAAGUUAGUACCAGGCCUUUUCAAAAAUGAAAUGAAAAGAAGAAGAGACUUCUAUGCAGCUCACCCAUCUGCUGAUGCUGCCAAUGGCUCUAAUGAAGACAGGGGAGAAGUUGCAGAUGAAGACAAAAGGAUUAUAACAGAUGAUGAGAUAAUAAGCUUAUCCAUUGAAUUCUUUGACCAAAAUAGACUUGAACGGAAAGGAAAUAAAGAGAAAGAGAAAUCCAAAGAGGAGGCGAAUGACAAAAGAUAUUUACGCUGCCCAGCAGCAAUGACUGUAAUGCACUUGAGAAAGUUUCUCCGAAGCAAAAUGGACAUACCCAACACUUUCCAGAUCGAUGUCAUGUACGAAGAGGAGCCUUUGAAGGACUACUACACACUCAUGGAUAUCGCCUACAUCUACACGUGGAGAAGGAACGGGCCCUUGCCUUUGAAGUACCGAGUGCGACCGACGUGCAAAAGAAUGAAGCUGGGCGGCCACCAGCGAGAUGGCUUAAACCACAGCGGCGAGCUGGAAAGUGACUCUGGGAGCGACAAGGCCAGCAGCCCUGCCGGCGGCACCCCGUCCACCUCGUCCUGUGGGCUGCUGGGCCCCAGCACCCCGGUGCAGUCUCCCCACCCUCAGUUCCCCCACAUCUCUAGUACUAUGAACGGAACCGGCGCCAGCCCCGGCAGCCACCACCACUCCUCCUUUGCUGCCAGGGCCCGGAAAGCAUCCAUAAACGGCUCUUCCGCGACGUCGUCUGGCUGACGCGGCGAAAGGGCCCCUCGGACUGACCGCCCCUCCACUUCUGUAGACCUCUCUUUCCUGCUGCCCUUCUGUCUCUUUAUCUCCUUGGCCAUUCAGCUUGAUAGAAUCGCAUCCCAGGAAUGAUGAUCCUCCGAAUUGCUUUUGAAGGAGGAGUGAUAAAGAACCGUCUCCUCCCACCCCGCACACGUUGGAUAUUAAAAAGAAAAAUAUAUGUGGGACUUACUGGGUUGAGCAUUGGAUACGAACCGUGGAUUGAACCAAAUGGCAGAGAUUUUUUUUUUUUUAAGUGGGUUCUUAAGGACUAGCAACCGAAGAAACAACGUUGAAAACCUGAUAAAACUGGGGAGCAAGAAGGCGGCUUGUUUCCUAGGGGGUUCUUUUGCUCCCCCAUCCCCAACCUGUUGCUGGUUGGGACUCGGGAUUAUCCGGAAAUGGAUACAUAUCGAUCAUGGGAUAUACUUUUGCUAAUCCAGACUAACUUCCUACAUUUACACACACACACUCACACACUCAGAUUGUUCAUUGUUCUUUAGCUGUGUUUGUGAACUUGUAGAAACCAAGUGGAUUUCCCCCUCCUCCAGCUUGAGAUUCGUCAACAAAACCGAAAUGAAUAUGCAUAGUUAUGCAUAUAGGUAGUAGCCAUGCCACUGUGAAUAACAAUUUUCUUGCUUUAUUAGCCAUUUUGGUUUUUAUGUUGCAUCCAUAACUUCUCUGCUGGAGCGCAGAAGCGAUUUAAAGAUGGGGAGGGGAGGGGGAGGAGACGAAGGGAAAAGGAUAUCAAGAAACAGAACAAAAAGUUUUACAACCUGUAGGUCUAAAAGCGGGUAUUACCGUUUAUUUUACUGACUUGUUUUAAAAAAGAAAGAAAUCAAAGGAAAAAAAGACACACUUUUUGUAAGAAUCAGAUGGCAUUUUGCAUUUGUUGAAUGAUGCCAUAUUGGUAUAUGACAAAACAGGAAGCAGUAUUGUAUGAUAUAUUUAUAAAUACUAUAAAGAAAAUAUUGUGUUUGGCGCACUCUCGAUACGGUGAUAAAUUCCCAGGCCGGUUCAGCCUUCACAAAUGCCUCUUAUGAGGUCCUCGCUGACACAGCAGAUACCAGCUCUUUUCCCCUAGUGACGUCUGAAGGCUACAGGGCAGGCUCAAAUCGCCCUUCACCCGGAAGCAAUUGGCAAUCUCGAAAGGAUUUUACGGGCUUUGUCUUGUUCUAAGUAGUAUAUUAUUUUUUACUUUUACACAAUGUGAUUAAUUGUUUUAAUGAUGCGGGGGGGGAGGGGGAGGUUACAGACGUAGUAGAAGAUGGAGGAACAGGAGAGUGAGUUUACUCCUUCAUUCGUUUUAUUAUUUGGUGUGAUGGGUUUGUGGUUUUUUUUCCUAAAAAAAAAAAAGCACAGGAAAUCAUACAAGAAGCCAUAAAAUAUGCGGGAACCUCUUUCAUUCAUUCUUAAGAAAUCAGCAAAUUGCUGGAUGAAGGCUUUUAAUCAAAUUUGUUUUAAUAUAUAUGUAUGUAUAUGGUACAGUACUAACUUGGUUAAAGGUUAACAGGUACUUCUAUAUCUCCAAUGAGCUGUGGGGAACCCCUUCUGCAAAAUUGGCUUCUGAAGGCAUCGAGGGAUGGGGGAGGGAGGGGGAGGGAGGUUUUAAAAUGUGAUUGGACGUGGAGAGCCCCAAUACUUUUCAGUUUGUGCUUUGCUUUGGUCAAACUGUGUGUGCGUGUGCCUGUGUGUGUGUGUUCUUCACUCAUGAGUUACACAUUUGUGAGGGUGUUUAUCCUAUAUGACUAUUGUUUCAUGUUUGUACGGGGAAAACUGUAGCUAAACAUUUCAUUGUCUCCAGUCUGCAAAAGAAGCACAAUUCUAUUGCUUUGUCUUGCUUACAGUCAUUAAAUCAUUACU